GUUUACACUUUACAGAGGAAAUUGGAAUUGGGAGGGCAGGUUCACUCCUCACAAAAUUGUGGUCACACUGUUCUGAUGGCCAUUUUCAACCGUGCAUCGGGAACAAUGGAACAUCAUUAUACUUGUCUCGAUGGAAGAUUCCUAACGUAGAGCUGAACCUGUGAAAAGGGUGUGAGCACACAGGAGUGAAGUUUCCAUAGUGACAAAAAUACCCCUAUUUGUCGACGUUACGUUGCGUGCUGUACCGGAAUUCGAAGGGGAGGUGCCGAUCGGACUCGAAAGGGGAGAAGCCCACCCCGCAAAACUUUUCGGUUGUAGUUCUUCCCACGUAGCAGAAGGAGAGAUUUCAUUCAGACUCAGUGGUCUGCAAGUUGAAGAGGGAUAGAUGGGAAAUCCGAAGCAGAAGUGGACGUCAGAAGAGGAAGAAGCUCUGCGAGCGGGUGUCGACAAGCACGGCGUCGGAAAAUGGAAAAAUAUACAGAGAGAUCCUGAAUUUGGUCACUGCCUAGCCGCCCGUUCCAACAUCGAUUUAAAGGACAAAUGGCGGAAUAUGAGUGUUAGUGCCAGUGGGCAAGGCUCUAGGGAAAAAUCAAGGGCACCAAAGUUAAAGGCUCUUCCUCCCAUUCCAGCUGUUCCAAUAUCCACCGUUCAGAGUGCUGCCUCCUCUACUCCAGUUGCACAGGAUGCACCAGCAGAUACAGUCAUGGACCCAAUCACCUCACAAGAAGGAAAAAAUGUUCCUCGGUACAAUGCAAUGAUUUUUGAAGCACUUUCAGCCAUCAAGGAUCCCAAUGGAGCAGAUAUUAGUGCUAUUAUUGGCUUUAUUGAGCAAAAGCAUGAGGUGCCUCAAAAUUUUAGAAGGUUGUUAAGUUCAAAGUUGAGAAGGCUUGUUGCACAGGAGAAGCUUGAAAAGGUUCAGAACUGCUACAAGAUAAAAAAGGAUACUUCAUUCGGAACAAGGACACCAACUCUAAAACAAAAAGACAACCGACCAAGGCAAUUGCAAAAUCCUGGAUUCAUCACAUCUGCUGACACCAUAGAGGAAGCUGCACUUGCUGCUGCCUACAAGAUUGCUGAUGCUGAAAACAAGUCAUUUGUGGCAGCUGAAGCAGUUAAGGAGGCCGAGAGGGUUUCAAAGAUGGCCGAGGAGACUGAUUCAUUGCUACAGCUAGCAAAAGAGAUAUAUGAACAAUGUUCACGGGGUGAGAUUGUGCUCAUGGCAUAAGCAUUGGUUUAAGGCAUGAUUAAAGUAGUAUCUCUUGUACUUAUUCUUCAUAGUUAUCUUUUGCAGAUGAUUUUUGUGUUACUUUUUUUUUUUUUUUUUUUUUUUUAUGGGGUGUGUUGUGUUCAAACAUGAAGCUUUGUUGCAUUCCACAAGCUGUCAAAAGGACAAAAAGUUAUAUGUCAAAGCCCUAGAAACCCAUUAGCAUAAACCAUGUUUAGAGCCCAAGAACUCAACUUGAUUCCAAGGUCGAUUUAGUCAAAUCUACUGAUGGCUUGUUAGUCAACUUAGUCAAGAAAUAGUAAUUAUAAUUAUGAUAUUGGAAAUUUAUUGCAGGAGCAAAUUCUCAAAUUUAUAAAGUAGUUAA